GCCACCACCCACUCUCUCUUAAUAUCUCACACACUCACGUGUCCAACAUCCCUUUCACCUCUCUCCCUCUAUAAACUCCCGCUAUACCAUUGCUGUAAACGUAACAGAACUGAUCGAUGGCGGCAUUGAUACCGGCCGUGGCACUGGUGACGGUGACGAUGUUGGCGUGCCUGGUGUGUGGGGCUUCGCACGGGACAUUGGUCGGGUCCAAGACGGAGAUUACGGAUGUGAAGAGGAACAAGGAGGUGCAGGACUUGGGGUAUUUCUCCGUGGAGGAGCACAAUCGGAGGCUGAGGCAGGCUCUGAGGGGGAUGGCAGAGGAGACGAAGUUCGUGGAAGUGGUAGAGGCGCAGAAGCAGGUGGUGGCGGGGACCAAGUACUAUCUCAAGAUUUCGGCCACGCAGAGUGGGCGUUCCGUAAUGUUCGACACCGUUGUGGUCGUCCAGCCUGGCCUUGCUUCCAAAGAUCUUCUCUCAUUUGCUCCUUCCUCGCAAAAAAUAGCUUAGCCUACUCUCCAUUCAUGGUAUGUUGAUAUAAAAAUAAGAAUACAUAUUUAAUUUGUAGAUUUUAUUUUUAGGAGCUAUUUUGAAGAAUAUGUAAUAUUAGCAAUUUUUGUUUUGAACUAAAUCUUUCUUUUUUAGUUUUGCUAUUUAUUUUAACUCCACCCCUCCUUAGAAGUAAUGAUGUUAUGUC